CUCUCUAAGCCCAUUAUGUUUCGUUACUUCUCCUUCAACCUCUCGUUGGCUCAUUCUAUCGCUCUCUCUCCAGGGAAGACGGACUAGCUAGUAAGAGAUUUGCCAACAACUCGGUCGGAGUUCGAAUCAACCACCGGAAAAAAUGGCGAGCGUCUAUCGGAGCAGCUCAAGCAACUGGAUUUUCCCUCUUAAAGUUCUGCUAAUCUCUGCUAGUGUCUGUUUAUUGGGUGUGGUUUUUAAGCUUUCCCUUCCGGUAAUAUCAGACUUCCUACUUUCCCAACUUCCUCUUCUCUGGAUCUCUCUACGCUCAUGGUUUACGCCUCCAUACCUUUACGUCGUCAUCAAUGGAAUCAUCAUAACCAUAGCAGCGUCUUCCAGGUUUCACCAUAGGGUUGAGGAGCAACCUGAGCUGGCAGUUCCCGUGCCGGUGAAAGCCGAUAUCAGAUCUGAUUUCUCUGUCGCUGAGGUGUACGAUGCCGUAGUGUUGAAGAAUCCGGUGAACGUACCUCAACAGUUCGAUUACGAUGUUGUUGCCGCGUCGAAGAUUCCUGUGGAUUCUACUCUUACUGUUUAUGGAGGUUUGGAAUCUCCGGUUGUGUGCGGACAGAAUGAGGUUAGUGUGACGGAUUUUAGGAAUCCUGCCUUGAGCUCUUCAGAAGUGGACGAAGAUGAUGCCUUCGUGAUAUCGAGGUCGAGUUGGAUGCCUCCGGCGAGGGAGUUGUCAGAGAUUCCGGCUUAUUACUCGUUCGAGACGGAGAAACCCCCUGCUUCAGCUCGAUUCGGUCACCGGAGAAACGUCAAAUCUAGUCCUGAAGCUGGCAGGGCAUUGGGGGUAGCGAAGUCGAAGCGUAACGAUACGCUGGAGAGCACAUGGAAGACGAUAACGGACGGGCGACCGAUUCCACUGGCUCGCCACCUCAAGAAGUGCGAGACUUGGGAGACGGUGGGUCGACACAGUUCCAACAACGAUUCCAACUCUGGCCCACCGGAAGCGUCCCCUGUGAAGAUGAAGAAACAUGAGACGUUCAAGGACCGUAACAGCAACAACUCGUCUCUGUCGCCGUCUCCAGGUUCGGGGAAGCUCCGAAAGGAACCUUCACUGAGCCAGGACGAGUUGAACCGGCGGGUUGAGGCUUUCAUCAAGAAGUUCAAUGAGGAGAUGAGGUUGCAGAGACAAGAGUCGUUGAAUCAAUACAAUGAAAUGAUCAACCGUGGUGCAGGACCUUAAAAGAGUCUGUGAAGACGAUUGGAUGGCCAAAAAAGAAGAAUCUGUACUCCUGAAGAGGGGACAUUUAAAGGUUUCUGUAAGUCUGCUUGACUUUUCAGCCUUUUUCUGUUCUUUCUAAUCCUUUUUUCCCUCUCUAGAACAUCUAGAGAUACAGAUGGGAUUUUACUCUCUCUCUCUCUCUCUCUCUCUCUCUCUCUUUAAUUUUUUUUAUAGUGAUAUCCCUGUAAAGAAAACUGGCUAUUGCAGGAGAGAUAGGAAGAGAAUUUAGUGUUCUUUAUUUAAUUUGGUUGUUUGUUUUUCUGAAACAACAAGGAAAAGGAAAAUUGUUUGAUUUGUGCUGAA